UGUGCUGAGAGAUGGCGACACGCGCGGCGAAUCCGUCCCAGUCGAUACUGCAAGUGUAAUGGACGAGGAUAAUCGUCAACGAGUCCUAAACGAGCCUGCUUUAGUUUUUGAUGGGAGCUUUAUGAAAAAGAGGUAUCAGCUCGAAGAGUUGGAGGACCGCAAGUUUGAGAAAGGUCACCUCUUCAUUUCUCAUGCUUCACUUCAGCUGACAACGCGGCCAUUCUCGUGCAGAGCUUACAGACCGGAGGUGGAGAUUCGAAAUAGAGCACUGGCAGCACAAGACCGAUACAAUAAAAUAGAGAGCCGAGAGAAUGCUCAAG